UGCUAGUGCUCGAUGACAAAAACACAGUGCACUUCAAUUGCUUACUGGAAUACCUUGUCAGCAAAAUGAACAAGUAUUUAACGGUAUGUUGCCUUAUGGUAUCCGUUGCGAUGGCGUCGGAGUACGGACCCUCGCUCGGAUACGCGACCUAUGCGACCGUCGACAAAAUUCCGAACCCGAAUUACGAGUUCAAUUAUGCCGUCAACGACCCAUCUACCGGCGAUAACAAAGCGCAAUGGGAAAAACGCGACGGCGACGUGGUCAAGGGCUCCUACUCAUUGGUGGAGCCCGACGGAAACGUACGCGUUGUGGAGUACACCGCGGACGCCGUACGCGGUUUUAACGCGGUCGUCAAGAGGUCCGGACCCAAUGUGCAUUCAAUGUCGGCCGUGUAUGGACAAAUCGCGCCAAAAAUACAAGAACAGGUCCUAUUCACACCGUCCUACGAAUACCAGGUGCCGUACCCUUCAUACCAGCAGAUCGCUCCCAUUGCUCCGAUCCUAGAGGAGCCGUCUUACUACGCCGCGCCCGCACCCGCGCCAUUGCCCGCGCCGGUAGAAGAGCCAAUGGCACACGGACAACUACUAACACAAUACUUGGAGACUACGCCUCUCCUAGCACAAUACCAAACGUUGGAUUACCUCCCGUACCCAAUUCAAACACAACAGCCCUCUUGGGUCUCGGUGUCCGGCACCUCGUACGGUCAUAAGGGCAACAUUGUCCGGAGAUGGGCCACAGGUCCUAUCGCCCUAGAUGGUAAGACGCUGACAAUUAAGACUAAGCAUUAAGGAUGACUACAUCCUGUGCCACAUAACAGUAAGCUGUAACUUCUACGUGUAUAAGUAACCUCUUAGUUACUCGCGACACUUGUGUGUUUUUGCACAUUGUAUAAAAGAAGCACGUGUAAAAGUACACAUAGGUCUUAUUAGAAGUUAAGAUAUAUGGUAUUUCCAGACUAGAGAAGUGUACCUGAUUUAAAUUUAUACGAAUGUAAAUAAAGUUUUAUAAAGAAC